GGCGCCCAGUAUGGAAAUGUGAUUAGUGCUUUGGCUUUGAACCACUGCAGUGAUUAUCAGGCUUAUCCAGGAACAUUUGGAAUCAAUAUACAAGAGGGGCGGGCGGUAUUUAAGAGUCAGGGGGGCCCUCAGCCGAAGGCCAUUCAGCACCUUCAGAGAAGCACGCAGGGUCUUUGCUAUGGACAUCUUCUCUUCUUGCCUUGUUUUGUUUUGCUGCCUCAGCCUCGCCUUUGCUGGCGUGCUUAACAGACAGUCACCCCGGAGGAACCUUUUCACAGAGCGCGGCUGUUGUAAACGCCAGAGCCAUUUCUUUUAUGUCGGCCAAGACAUCUCUGGCAGUCCAGUCAGUGUGGACGUGGGGAUCUGUAGGUCACAUUGUGGUGGGACACAGCGACCGGUGGCCCCCUAUGGAGCAGGAUUUCCAGGAUUUUCAAAGCACACUUCUAUGCUGGACUUCCUGAGAACUAAAAAGCUACGUGAGCGCCCUCCUCCAGAGCUCCCUGUAACUUCUGGCCUAGAGCCCUCCUGCUCAGCAGGGUCAUCCUGCGAGCCGACCGCUGUCCGAGUGGAGCGUGUCCUGCUGUUUGAGGGACCGAGGGAAGUCGAGAUCAUUGAUGAGUGCCACUGCGGGGCUGUCCCCACCGAGUGUGUCCGCAUGCCAGCUCUCAAGACCUUCUUUUUCGAGACGCCCUAUGAGACUGUCUUGGAUGUGGGCAAGUGUUCCAGUCCAGAAGUCAGCAAUGGCUUCUCCUGUGUCCCCACCAAGUUUGAGCCAGUACUGCUGGACAGCCCUAACAGUGUGGAGCUGGUCCAGGCUGUGGAGACAUGUGAACUCAAAGAGAGCUGCUACCGGACCUCCUACAUCGAGCAAUACUAUGAAGUUGUCUAUGGGGCCAAUGGCAUCAAAGAGGAGAGGUUGAAAGAAAUUGACGUGGGCAGAUGCUUGGGAGGCUGUUCCUCAGGAAAUCGCUGCCUGCUCAGGGAUUCCCGUCUCAAAGAAGAGUGCCUUGUUUGGGCCGAGGGCUCGUCGACUUCAUGUGUGCCCCAAGAAUACGACAGCCACACCUUCCGUAGCCGUAAUGGCCACAUCCGCACCGUGCUUGCAAUCAGCUCCUGCAAGUGCCAGUCCUGAAGUUGCAAAGGCCACAAUGGCCUGGGGACCCAAGGGUUAGGGUGUAAGGGAUUCAGAUGAACCAGCAGCCGUGAGUGACACACUGACAAAAAAAAAGAAAGUAAAUGUCAGGACAGCAUCCCGUUCAGGAUUUUCAGAAAACUGUCGGCUGGCUCCUGAUUUAAGGUGACUUUGCUUACAAUAAAGUGCAAGCAAGCAAUACGACCAGGACAUCAAACUGAAAUAACCUGAGAUGAACAUUUGUGAAGGAAUUGGGCUUCAUCUUCACGGCAACUGAGAGCACUAAGGAACUCCCAGACGAAUUCGCUGAAUUUGUGAGAAGGAGAAAUGUGCCAGACUUGUGGUUUCACAUUAGUGUGCAAUAGAAAAGGUUGAAGUGUUGUGUACCAGACGGACAAAAUACAAAGUGCAACAAAUACUGACGUGAUCACUGAAAAAAAAAUAAGAAAAAGAUGACAAUGGUCAGGCGACAAUCAAAUACGGCAAAGCAAACUGAAAGGGAUGCCUUUAGAACGUCAGAAGAAUAAGCCCAAUCAGCUACACCAUACCUGCAUCAAACACUCGGUUUGUGAAUUAUUUGUAAAUUACAAUCACAUAUUUGGUGGAUUUCUUAAUAUGGUGCAAUAAUUUUGCUUCUUCAAAGAAAAAAUCGAAUACAUUCCCUCAAUAAACCUAAUGGUGUUAUUCUACAGUUUGGCCACAAGAGGGAGUGCAUUUGCAGUGGUGAGUGUCGGUGGAUGAGCGGCAAGUGAGCACGAAGGAGACGUCACAGGACUGGUCAGAUGCUAUUGGUUGUCAAGGGUAACGGACCUCCACCGUUCUGAUUUCACUAUUGAUCUUAAACCUAAACACAUCAAACACCAAUACUCCUCUUCUUCU